CGGUGCUUUCACCUACAGGACUCAAAGAAAUGCCCCUCCUCUUGCGAUUUUUAUCACAAUCAAAAUAAACAUUUAUCUUUGUGAAACAUGAAAGACGCGACGGGAGCGCACUCUUUCUUCGAUGGGAAUUAAAGCAAGGCGUGUUUAUUUUUUUAUUUUUUUUUUUUUACAUUUUUUAUUUAAUUUUUUGUGCACGGAUAAGAUCAUUAGCGCAGCUCGGAUGUGAGUUCGUGAUCCAGCUCUAGGGCGCGAGCUUUUCCUCUUUUAUUGUGGGAUUAUGAUUUUGGAUAAAAGCUCUAUGGAGGAGCCCGACAUCGACGUUGUUGGAGAGCAGGAUAAAGAUGCUCAAGUUCAAACGUCAAGAAGUGACUGCAGGAUCAAGGAGAAGGACCCCGAGGACGAGUCGAAGCGCAGCGACGGAGCCCGUGUCGCGUGCGUAAAACCGCCGUACUCCUACAUCGCGCUCAUUACCAUGGCCAUCCUGCAGAGCCCACGCAAGCGGCUGACCCUCAGCGAGAUCUGCGAGUUCAUCAGCCGCCGCUUUGCCUACUACCGAGAGAAGUUCCCGGCGUGGCAGAACUCCAUCCGGCACAACCUGUCGCUUAAUGACUGCUUCGUGAAAAUGCCACGUGAACCCGGCAAUCCCGGGAAAGGCAACUACUGGACCCUGGACCCCAUGUCCUCUGACAUGUUCGAAAACGGUAGUUUUCUGCGCCGCAGGAAGCGCUUCAAGCGACACCGCUGCUUCAGUAAGGAUGCGGAAACACCGCUUCCGGGAUUCCCGCUCGGAUCUUACGCUUCGGCUUUACCGCUCCCGGCUUUGGAUCUGUACCUCGAGCGUUCACCUCCUCAUCGUCCACCUCCUCCUCCUCCUCCACCCCCAGCUCUUGUCUCACCUGUCGGAAGUCUUUUACCUGCUCUGUCCACUCUUCUGAAAGGCUACCUCCCGCAUCCAUCACGCUCCGGUCCUUUCCCCGACGCCCAGCUCGCAAGUCCGGCUGCAUUUCCACCUCUUCCGCCGAGUUUCUACACUCUGCAGCAGGAAUAUCACAAACUGCAGGCUCUGCACAACACUGCGCUCACCACCAAACUUUUACAGCGAUUCGGUGACACUGCACUGUAACAUAUUUAUGACAUUGUGUGUUAUCUAAUCUUCAUUUGUGUAGUCUGUAUGUGAGGACCUGACCAAAAAAAACCCCCCACAUGGUUAUGAAUACAGAAGCGACAUUAGUAAACCCGACACUUGUGGAAUUAUCAAA